AGGGCCUCGGGCGGGGAUCUUGGGGAGGCGGGAGGAAGUUAUGGCUCUAGGCGGCCUCAGCCGUGGGCUAAAGAGCCUCAGCGUGGAGGUCGUGUACCCGCUCCGUCCCAGCUGGCCCCGGGCAGAGUCGCUUGGCUUUUGGAGCCCGGGCCCCCGGAGGGCUUUGCUCACAGAGCCCUUCUGCUGAGGCUGUCGGGGACGACAUUGUGUUAGGGCCAGAGACCCAAGCCCACUUUUUUGAGCUGAGGCAGAAGUAGUAGGACAGUUUCCUUGGGAAACUCCUGUCCGUCGUACCUGCUUCCCGAAGAAUGGAGUGGUUCUUCUCCAGUAGUUUACACAGGGUCAGACGAGAGAACUGCUGCCGCCCCACUGGGGCCCACCUUAGGAGAAGGACUCCUGCGUGAUGAAAUCUGAGAAGGCACGGGGUGGGGGUAGGGGGGAGUAUGAGGAAGAUGCAGGCAGCAAGUGCCCAGUCAUAAGAAAGUAACUCCCCACUCCUCCAGUUCUGGGGAAAUAAUCUUGAGUCAUGAAAUUCGGGUGCAGGUGGGGAAUUAGGGUAAUAUCCACACGUGACUAUGACACCUUAUGGAGGAGAAUAACUGUUCCUGCAAAUCUUCCAGUUAGUUUUCUGGAGCCCUAUACCUGUCAUGCUUUGACAUCCCCUUCUCAGCACAGUAUUAAAACAAUGAAGUGUUAUAUGUGGAUGUAACUGCCUCAGAAGAACAGAGCUGAGUGGCUGCAAGCACAUUUUUAAUGUUCUUUCACAAAAUCGUUAUUCAGUUUUUCAUUUAGAUAGAGGAUAUAUUUCUUCUGGUUGAUAAAUAAAAUAGUUUUUAUUUUCCUUCACUUGUAAGUUUCAUUGGUGGGCCUGCUUGUUUGCCUUGCAGAUGAGUGGGUGAUUUUCCAGAUGCUGAGACACCUGUAUCCUUGGCACAGGCCAUUAGUGAGCUGUAGUUGGAGUAGACUUUGUCUUUUGAAGCGUUAUCUAUUUACAAUGAAGUUGCAGUCUCCAGAGUUCCAGUCACUUUUCACGGAAGGAUUGAAGAGUCUGACAGAAUUAUUCAUCAAAGAGAAUCAUGAAUUAAGAAUAGCGGGAGGAGCAGUGAGGGAUUUAUUAAAUGGGGUUAAGCCUCAAGAUGUGGACUUUGCUACAACUGCCACCCCUACUCAAAUGAAGGAGAUGUUUCAGGCAGCAGGAAUUCGGAUGAUAAACAACAGAGGAGAAAAGCAUGGAACAAUUACUGCCAGGCUUCAUGAAGAAAAUUUCGAAAUUACUACACUACGGAUUGAUGUUACCACUGAUGGAAGACAUGCUGAAGUAGAAUUCACAACUGACUGGCAGAAAGAUGCUGAGCGCAGGGAUCUGACUAUAAAUUCCAUGUUUCUAGGUUUUGAUGGUACCUUAUAUGAUUACUUUAAUGGUUAUGCAGAUUUAAAAAGUAAGAAAGUUAAAUUUGUUGGACAUGCUAAACAGAGAAUACAAGAAGAUUAUCUUCGAAUUUUAAGAUAUUUCAGGUUUUAUGGCAGAAUUGUAGACAAACCUGGUGACCAUGAUCCUGAGACACUGGAAGCAAUUGCAGAAAAUGCAAAAGGCUUGGGUGGAAUAUCAGGAGAGAGGAUUUGGGUGGAACUGAAAAAAAUCCUUACUGGUGACCAUGUAAAUCACUUGAUUCAUCUUAUCUAUGAUCUUGAUGUGGCUCCUUACAUAGGCUUACCUGCUAAUGCAAGUUUAGAAGAAUUUAACAAAGUCAGUAAAAAUGUUGAUAGUUUUUCACCAAAGCCAAUGACUGUUUUGGCUUCAUUAUUCAAAGUACAGGAUGACGUCACACAACUGGAUUUGAGGUUGAAGAUUUCAAAGGAAGAGAAAAACCUUGGCUUAUUUAUAGUUAAAAAUAGGAAAGACUUAGUUAAAGCAACAGAUAGUUCAGAACCACUGAAACCCUAUCAAGACUUCAUUAUAGAUUCUAGGGAACCUGAUAUGACUGGGCGUGUGUGUGAACUACUGAAGUACCAAGGUGAGCACCGUCUCCUAAAGGAGAUGGAGCAGUGGUCCAUCCCCCCAUUUCCUGUGAGUGGCCAUGACAUCAGGAAAGUGGGCAUUUCUUCAGGAAAGGAAAUCGGGGCUCUGUUACAACAACUGCGUGAACAGUGGAAAAGAAGUGGUUACCAAAUGGAAAAAGAAGAACUUUUAAGUUACAUAAAGAAGCCCUAAAACUGAUCGAAGAUCUGGCUAUUAAAAAGUGGAAACUUUUGGUAAGACUGUCUGCACUCCCCACCCCAUCCCUUUUAAUGAGAUUUAAGAAACUAUAGCAGAAUUGAAGCCAUUGUGGAGGGUCUCUUUAGAAGAACUAAGUCUUAUUUUGUAAAAUCUUUUAUACUUGUUUUGGAAUACCUGCAACUGAGAAAAGUAUAGUUGGCUUCCAUCUAUUUGUAUGGAGUUUCUACAUGAAAAUUUUGUUUUUGCAUAAGGCAGUACUAAGAUUGAUGUUUAAAAAGUGGUAACUGUCUUUAAAAAAAAUGUUUAAUGUUUGUACUGAUUCCCUAUGCUGUUUCAGUUCUUAUAUGAAUUCCAAAAAGAGUCAACAGAUUUUCAUAAAACCAUGUAUAAAAUAUGAAUAACAAGUAUAUUCUGCAUGGCUGACAUACUUUUCUGUUGUAAGAUUCUUUACCUAUACAUGCAAAGCCUGGUAAAGUUAUGGGAUUAACCUGAGGAUUAGUCUUGAGACUAUUAUUUUAAUAAAAUAUUUCCUCUGGUUUUGGGAA